UAGCACCUGGUCCUGUCACUAUCUAGAUGAAAUGUAGGCUACCACUGCCAUUACGACAAACCAGCGACUAUGAAGAAAAUGGAAAGGAUAGGCUUCUAAACCAAGCCAGAAAGCUCUAGAAUAAUAAUGUCUGUGGAUACUGUUCAAGACAAAUUCUGUACAUCAGCUAAGACUCCAUCUGUAAAAGAACUAGAACGAAUUUUUUACUCUGGAAGAAGGACGGGAAAUCAUGUGGAUGAAGUUUGGCCUAAUUUAUUCAUUGGGGACAUGUCCAUCGCCAAUGACCGCUAUGGCUUAUGGAAGCUGGGCAUCACCCAUGUUCUGAAUGCUGCCCAUGGGAAGAUGUACUCUCAGGGGAGUCACCAAUUUUACGGGUCGACCAUGGAGUACCACGGGGUUCCCGCUGACGACUCACCAUCCUUUAAUCUUUCACGCUAUUUUCAGUCCUCUGCUGAUUAUAUUCACCAGGCACUGAACUCACCCGGAGCUAGGGUCAUUGUCCACUGUGCUGUGGGGGUCAGCAGAUCGGCCUCCCUGGUUCUGGCCUACCUAAUGAUCCAUCACCAUUUCACGCUGGUGGAUGCCAUCAGGAAAGUCAUGGAAAGCAGGUGGAUUUUCCCCAACAGAGGAUUCCUCAAGCAGCUCAGGACUCUGGAUAUGCACUUUGCGAGCAACAAUGACAAUAAGAUUUUCAGUCACACCAAACCGGAAUGAAUCAGCCCUAUAGGCCAAAGUAAUGUACAUCCAGUGGCUUGCGCCAAAAGAACACUCAGUUUGUGUUUAUGGAAAACACACAGUGCAGCUUCUGUGACUAGUAAAAACAGUGUUUUCUCCAUAGCCUACAAGGUUGUAAGCCUAAAUGUAACAUGUUUGUAGAUUUGCUAUUAACAUCAACUUUUAGACUGUUC